AUGGCUGGCCCACAAGAACAUCCGACAGUCUCUCGCCAACCACUCAAUGCUUUGUUCCAUCUUCUCUACGCCGUCACCAUCGUAGUACGCCUUCCGUUUUGGCUUAUUGUUGCCCUGCUUGCACGUCAAAACCCAAAAUGGUCGGUGAAACAAGCCCUUUCCCGCCCUAUCGCCAAGGCUAUCAUAGACUUGGAAGCUCGCAUCGGCAUCACGGAAAAGAUCUCACUCGAGCCGGGUAGCGAAGGCGACCGCUUUCAGGUUAUCCAGCCACAUUCAUUAGAUUUCUACAAGGGACCCUUAUCGUCGUCCAAUGUCAGCCCUGAGGCAGUGGGUGGUACUUGGUUCCCGCAAGCCCCAGGCAAAGACAUCAACUCAAAGACAGUUGCACUUUAUAUCCAUGGGGGCGGGUUUGUCAUGCACAAUGGCAGAAAUAAGGAAUGCAGCCACGCAUGCAAGGCCUUGGUAGGAAACGGGGAUACUGGUAUCGAUGCUGUGGUCUCGCUGCAGUAUCGUCUAUCUGGCUAUGCUGGCCAGUACCCUUUUCCUGCUGCAUUUCAAGACUGCUUGACAGCAUACCUUCAUCUUAUCAAUACACUUGGAGUUCCCGCUCAGCAGGUUGUGCUAUGUGGCGAUAGUGCUGGUGGCAACCUUAUCAUCUCCCUGCUACGGUAUAUCCAAGAAUUUAGCGAUCUGGAUAUUCCAACUCCUAAAUGUGCCGCUCUGUUCUCACCCUGGGUCUCACCAUUAGAUUAUGAUAUGAGCAGCAACCCCCGAGAUAAUACUGAUUAUGUCCCUUCCUCAUUCUUGGAAUGGGGAGUUGUGACAUACACUGCCGGCUUAUCAGAUGUAUCUUCAAACCCAUAUAUUGUACCUGCUGGCCAUGCGUUCGCCACGCCGGUGCCAUUUUUUGUCAACACCGGUACGUCUGAGAUAUUUCUCGAUGAUGUUCGGAAAUGGGUCGAUGAGAUGCAGGUUGUUGCUGGUAAUCAUAUCGAGUUGCAUCUAGAGGACUCGGGCGUACACGACACAUUCUUAGCCGGCACUUUGAUCGGCUUCGAGAAAAGUGCACAAGAUGCCGUCGAUCAGAUGGGGUCCUUUGUCCGCAAAUUUUGA